CAUUCACGUCCAUGCUAACUCAUAAAGCUACUGUUGUAUUAAUUUUGAUUAUUUUACUAUAAUUCAUCCAUAGUACACGAAUCGGUGUUUUAAGUUGAAAGUAAAAGAUUAUUAAGUAUUAUCAAUAUGUUCUCGUUAGUGAGACGAUAUGAAACUAGUACUAUUGUAGCAGUACUAAAAACUAUGAAACUCUCGGUGUCAUCCUAUACGAACGUUGAAAACGAUACAGAAUUUCGAGUACUGGAAUUAAUGCCAACGGAGAAGAAAUCUGUAACGAAAAGGACUUUGGAUCGUCCUUUGAAGCUCGCACCGUCUAAAGCUAAAACGAUGUCGCCCACUCAAGACUGGCAAGCAGUUUGGCCUGCAGCUCGUACAUUUCAUCCAGAUAUCGUACCCCUUCCUUUGAGACAAGGAUACCAAAAUUCGAAAGGCAUACACCCGGAUAAAUACGCAAAUGCCGAAUUAAUGAAGAUCCCAAAUUUCUUGCAUCUCACCCCGCCGAUAGUUAAAAGACAUUGCGAAGCGUUAAAACAAUUCUGUACGAAGUGGCCUGAAGAAUUGGAAACAGAAGAAGCAUGCCAGAAACAUUUUCCAACAGAAAUAAUUACAUCCGAUUAUUGUUAUUCCUCUCCUACUAUAAGAGAGCCGCUUGCCAGAAUAGUAACUCUAAGAGUGAAACUAUCCUCUUUGGACUUGGAUGCUCGUGCUAAGGAUAAAAUGCUCAGGCUGGUGGGUGAUAGAUACAAUCCUGAGACCGAUGUGAUAACAAUAACUGCAGACAGAUGCCCAAGUAGGGUACAGAAUCUAGAUUACGUAAAGUACCUUUUAACAGCGUUGUACCAUGUAUCUUGGCGCGUUGAACCUUGGGAAAAUGAGAAAUCUGAAGCAGACAUGGAAUACUACGAUUGGGACAAAAGUAAAAGCAGAGAAUCCUUAACAAAGUUGUACAACUGGCCGAAAACUCCAACUGAUUUGAGCUAUGAAUAUAUUCCCAAUUCGACAGAAUACAAGACUGCAGUUUCGGAUCUAAUAAACAAAGGGGAAGAUCAGUGUUCUCUCAAUAAGUAUAAAGAAGCCGUUAAAAACUUGCUAAAUCUGAAACACACGGACAAUUUAGAAUAAAUCUCUCUCUCUGAUAAAAAUCUUGCGGAACACGAUCGUAGUUGGUUUUUCUUUUAAUAAUUGCUGAUAAUGUAAUUCAA